GGUGUUUUUACAAAUAUAAUAUAAAAGUGAGAUAAAGUUGAAUUAGUCAAAGCUCAUAAUCAAUAAUAGCUGUACAUCAAGAGGAAGGGGUAAGGUUCUGUUUGGCUCUCAAACCUUGACAAGAUGAAGUGUUCAUUGAGGAAAACUUUGGCAAUUCUAUCAUUUACAGCAAUUACAACAUUUUCUUGGUAUAGUGGAAAAAUAGGAUCAAAGAAAGUUCAAAACACUAAGAAACCCCAAAUUACCGUAAAAAUGUCUGCAGCCAAUGAACAGGAUAGCAUAAUAACUUACGAACAAUAUACAAGUAUUCCAGCCAAAAUUCUAGAAAAACAUUUUGCAGUCAAUGGGCAAUAUACUACAUUUAAUACUGACAUUGUUGUGUAUAACCGUCUUGCAAAAUGUGGGAGUACAACACUAUUCAGGAUAGUACAGCAGGUUUCAAGUGAUAAUAACUUCACUUUUGUUAUGGAUCAUAAUGAUAGUAGCACUGUAAACUUCAAUGAUAAACAGAUUGUAAAUUAUAUAGACUCCUUUUCCAAACCAGUAUUUUAUGUUCGGCACAUGUCGUUCGUUAAUUUUACAGCAUUUGGAAAACAACAUCCAGUAUAUAUCCAAAUGCUAAGAGAUCCUGUGGAAAGAGUUAUAUCUGGUUAUUACUACUAUGAUUUCCAUUUUGGCCACCACAAAGGCAUACGGCUAGAGAAAUGUCUAGUUUACAAUAUGAAAUGUGGUCUGUUGAAACCUGGUGAUAUGCGGAACCAAUUCUGUGAUAGACAGACUAGAAAAAUGAACAAAUGCACGAUUGAACAUGUGAAACGCAUAAUCGAGAAGGACUAUAUUUUUGUUGGCAUUACUGAACAUUUUUCAGAAUCAAUCAAAGCAUUCGCCAAACUACUACCAAAAUAUUUUCCAGAGAAUGCAACAAUUGCAAUACAAAAUUCGGCAAAAGAAGCGAGGGGAUCAAGUAACCUGAGACCCCCAGAUAGAAUUAUGAAUUUUUUGGCGAAAAGAUACGAAAUAGACUAUGAGGUGUACAAUUUUGCAAAACAACACUUCUAUAAAAGAUUAAGCGAAAUGGGUAUAUCUUAUGGUAGGAAGGUACAAUGAUUCAAACCAACCAAUGUAUCCUCUUAUGUAGAUGUCCUACAUUACAGGACAAAAGGAUUUGGUUUAUUAAUACCCCCUAAGAUUCCAACCUCAAUACUCAUUAGGAAUUAAAUUGCUCUUCUAAAGUGUGAGGCUCUGUUUGGUCUCAAACUGUGACAAGAUGAAGGGUUCAAUAAGGAAAAUGGAGGCAAUUCUAUCAUUAACAGCAAUUACUUUUAUAACGUUUUCUUUGUAUACUGGAAAAACUUGAAUAAAAUAAGAGAACAGAAAAGGUCUGCUAAAAGAGGAUCACAAUCUGUUCCAAUUGCUUUUCCUACAUUUUGACUUAAAACUACACUUCUAAACUUUAUAGUGGUGGGGCCAAACUCGAGUCAGAAAUUGCAGGAGAACCUUGGACUUGAGUAAUUUCGGGUUGCAGGAGAAAAAAU